AUGUCAACUCUAGAAGACCUCGAGGAUCUCGAGCGCGCACAAGUUGGAGAUGAGAAAGAUGCAGAGAUGAAAGAUUCAGCCUUAGAAGGCAAGGAAGAGGAUUCUCUCGACGACGAAAUAUACACUCUCAGUACAGCCGAUAUAAAUACAAGAAGGCGGCUUCUAGAAAAUGACUCACAGAUCAUGAAGAGCGAGUACCAGCGACUGUCACAUGAAAAAGCUACGAUGGGCGAAAAAAUAAAAGAAAACGCAGAUAAGAUUGAGAAUAACAGGCAACUGCCCUAUCUUGUUGGUAAUGUUGUCGAGCUACUUGACCUCGAUCCAACUGUUGAAUCUCAAGAGGAGGGUGCCAAUAUUGACCUAGAUGCAACUCGGGUUGGCAAGUCCGCUGUCAUAAAAACCUCAACUCGGCAAACCAUAUUCCUCCCACUUAUAGGACUAGUUAGCCCGGAAAAUUUAAAGCCAGGUGACCUAAUCGGCGUGAACAAGGAUUCCUACUUAAUUCUAGACACACUACCAGCUGAAUAUGACAGCAGGGUAAAAGCAAUGGAGGUUGAUGAAAAACCAAGCGAGAAGUACACAGAUGUUGGCGGACUUGACAAGCAGAUUGAAGAGCUUGUCGAAGCAAUCGUAUGGCCGAUGAAGGAAGCUGAGCGCUUUAAGAAAAUUGGAAUAAAAGCACCUAAAGGUGCAUUAAUGUAUGGCCCUCCAGGUACGGGAAAAACGCUCCUUGCUAGGGCGUGUGCAGCUCAAACAGACGCUACAUUCCUUAAACUCGCCGGGCCUCAGCUUGUUCAAAUGUUCAUAGGUGAUGGUGCCAAAUUAGUACGGGAUUGCUUUGCUUUAGCAAAAGAGAAGGCUCCGGCAAUUAUAUUUAUUGAUGAGCUGGAUGCCGUGGGAACUAAGCGAUUCGAUAGUGAGAAAAGUGGAGAUCGAGAAGUGCAGCGUACUAUGUUGGAACUUCUGAACCAAUUGGAUGGGUUUGCUUCUGAUGAUCGCAUCAAAGUUCUAGCUGCUACCAACCGAAUUGACGUUCUUGAUCCCGCGCUACUACGGUCUGGCCGUCUAGACCGUAAAAUUGAGUUUCCUCUGCCAAACGAAGAGGCUCGGGCUCAGAUCCUCAAAAUCCACAGUAGAAAAAUGACAGUUGACGACGCUGUAAACUGGCCAGAAUUAGCACGAAGUACAGAUGAAUUCGGUGGUGCUCAACUCAAAGCAGUUUCUGUCGAAGCAGGAAUGAUUGCUUUGAGGAUGGGGAAAAACAAAAUUAGUCAUGAGCACUAUGUCGAUGCCAUAGCAGAAGUGCAGGCAAAGAAGAAGGAUACUGUCAAUUUUUACGCAUAA